UCACGCCUGCGCAGUCCGCUAACUACCGUUCUACCACACGAAGCCAAGAUGGAGGUGUUUGUUGUGGCCCCAAGCAUCGGAUUCAGAUGGUCCAGCUGUGAAUUCCCACCUGGUUCCGUGGUCAGAGAUGUUCUGGAAAGAUUUGUCCCACAGCAAGACUUUUAUGUCUCCACCAACGGCCACCUGGCCCAUCUGGGAGACCAUCUGCAGAAUGGCGUCGUCUAUCACCUUGAGCCACGGCUCUGUGGCGGGAAGGGAGGUUUUGGCUCCAUGCUCCGAGCUCUGGGAGCUCAGAUUGAGAAGACGACCAACAGAGAGGCCUGCAGAGACCUGAGUGGCCGGCGCCUCCGAGAUGUCAACCACGAGAAAGAGAUGGCGGACUGGCUGAAGAAGCAGGCGGAGCGUGAGGCAGAGAAGGAGCAGCGGCGUCUGGAGCGUCUCCAGAGGAAACUAGCUGAGCCCAAACACCAGUUCACCGACCCGGAGUACCAGCGGCAGUGCCACGACCUGAGCGAGAGGCUGGAAGACUCGGUGCUGAAAGGCCUACAGACGUCCUCCAGCGGGCAGGUGAAGGCGGGAGUCUCCUCAGCCGCCAAGAGACCCAGCAUGGAUCAGAAGGAGGCCCCGACGAAGAAGAAGAGGAAGACCGCCGCUGCAGUCGGGUUCUGGACUGGUCUGGAGGAGCUUGUGAGCUCAGAGGAUGAUGAGGAGGAGGAUGAUGAUGACGGGUCCCCAGGUAGCAGCAGAGGAGCAGCGGUUACCAUGAUGAUCCAAAGGGACAAGGUGGAGGCUGGAUCCAGCAGCAGCUCAUCUGACUGCAGCUCCUCCUCAGGCAGAACAUCAGUAGACCAGAACAACCGACCCUCAACCGAACCGGCCUCUGCCGAGGAGCAGAAACCGGGCCCCGCCACAGAACCGGCCUCUGCCGAGGAGCAGAAACCGGGCCCCGCCACAGAACCGGCCUCUGCCGAGGAGCAGAAACCGGGCCCCGCCACAGAACCGGCCUCUGCCGAGGAGCAGAAACCGGGCCCCGCCACAGAACCGGCCUCUGCCGAGGAGCAGAAACCGGGCCCCGCCACAGAACCGGCCUCUGCCGAGGAGCAGAAACCGGGCCCCGCCACAGAACCGGCCUCUGCCGAGGAGCAGAAACCGGGCCCCGCCACAGAACCGGCCUCUGCCGAGGAGCAGAAACCGGGCCCCGCCACAGAACCGGCCUCUGCCGAGGAGCAGAAACCGGGCCCCGCCUCAGAACCGGCAGUGGCAGAGGAGCAAAAACCGGGUCCCGCAUCAGAACCGGCAGUGGCAGAGGAGCAAAAACUGGGUCCUGCAUCAGAACCGGCAGAGGAGGAGAAACCGGGUUCUGCAUCAGAACCGACCAUUGCAGAGGAGCAGAACCGUUGUGUACAGUCCAGCGGGGAACCACAACAGCUGGACCUGUCUUCAGUGGAAUCGGUCCAGCAGCUGGAGUCUCUGGGUCUGGACGUCCUGAAGGAGGAACUUGUACGGCGUGGGCUAAAGUGUGGGGGAACGCUGUCGGAGCGCGCUGCCCGUCUCUUCUCCGUCAGAGGGCUGAGUCCCGAUCAGAUUGACCCGGCGCUGCUCGCCAAACCCACCAAGGCCAACAAGAAGUAAAGGAACGAUUUGCCAUUUUUAUCACAUGUUAAAGAGACCAAAAGAUUCAGCUGAGAAGGACCGGGAGUUCUGGACUGGAAGUUCCCAGGUCCAGAGCUUCCUGUCGGGAAUGAAGCUGCAUGGCUCCAAAGAUCCAAUAUUGGAACAGAUUUAUUGAUGCAUCAACAUGUGACAUCACUGUUUUCAUUAAAGUCCAAUUUUGAAUAUU